AUGGAACGAAAGGCUGGUGGGGCAAGGUUAGCCCUGUCAAGUCCUCUUUACAACCCCAACGAUGCUAUUGUUGAUAUUGUCUUCAUUCACGGACUAGGCGGGCACCGGGAAAACACCUGGACCAAAUACAACGUCUUCUGGCCCCAGAGGAUCCUGCCAGAGGACGUUCCGAAAGCGCGGAUUUGGUCGUGGGGUUAUGACGCAGACCUGCUACACUUCUGGAACAAGCACUCGAACAAUGCACUCAAGGACCAUUCAAGUCAGCUCUGUAGUGAUCUGGCAGGCGUGCGAGUGGAAGCGCCCAAUCGUCCGAUCCUCUUCGUGGUACAUAGUCUAGGCGGAAUAGUGUGCGAGAAUGCCAUGGUUCAAUCUACGAUUAGCGCCGACGAGCAUAUCAAACAGAUCGCUGCCUGUACCAAGGGCAUUAUCUUUCUCGGGACGCCUCUCGAGGGAUCCAAAAAGACGAAAUGGGCCGAAAUUGGCCAUAAAUUCGCGAGUCUCGUCGGACAAGCGAAGAACAAGGACGUCGUGGAGGCCAUCAAGGACAGCUCUCGUCGUUUGUAUGAUCUGCGUGAUAAGUUCGGACAUAUUCUCCGCUCUCGCGCCGAAUCAAAGGCGGGAAAGAUUGAGGUCGUUUGUUUCUACGAAGAAUUCGAUUCCCCCAUCGGCAGGAUUGUCACCAAAGAGUCUGCAACAAUCUUGUCUUACGAGGCCCAAUCGAUCCCCGCAGAUCACUCUGAAAUGUGCAAGUUUGCGUGCAAGACUGAACCAGGAUAUGAGCGGGUUUCCAAAGUGUUGAAACGCUGGGUCGAUGCCUUGGAGAAGCCCGUACCGGAUACACCUACACUGGGCGAUAUCAUUAACAUGCAAAUCAAUGAGGUGAAAGGUGGGAACGUCUCGGGGAAACACAAUGGAAAUAGUACCAUGACAAUUACUUACAAUUAG